UCCGCUGAACCGAACGAGCCAUUUUCGCAGGCGCGUGAGGAAGAGCUCAGCCCGACCGACGCUCCCGCGCUGCUUUGUCAUUUUGCCCUCUGUGUGUUCAGCGUCUGCGCUUAUUAUCCCAUCAAUAAAGAAGCAAAGAAAUCGGUCUGUCUGAGGCACAUCGCGCAGACAUGUCCGUGAAGCCAAUCGACGAGCCAGGAGCAGAGGGCCGGUGGUACGGAGACGAUCUGGAGAACAUGGAGCUGUUCGGGAAGAAGAGCAGCUCGGCCUGCUUUGAGGACCAGAAGCGCCAAGACGAGCACUCGCACCAUCCGCCUCACCCAGUUACCAUGGAAACUGCCUCUACAGAUAAAUCAGAUGCAGAUCUCCUGAAGGAGUCCAUCACUGAUAUCGGAGACCCUUACACAUCCCUGUUCUCUGGUUACUCCUCCCAGAUGGACACCUCCUACUUUUCAGGUGAUGUGGGAGGAGGGGUGCAGAAGCAGAAGGCAGGAAUUGAUGACCUCAUCUCAGGCCUGGAUUGCCAGUCUGCCAUGUUCAGCUCAGACUCCGGCAUCGAGAUGACCCCUAGUGCUGAGACUGGUUACACCUCCCACAAGCUGCGUGACUCAGACAAGACCCCUGAUUCCACCUACAACUACAUGGACAUCAGGAGCAGAGAGGAUCCCAACAGCCAACAGCAGCUAUUGGAGGAUUGGGAAAUAAGUGGCGCUUCAGAUUCUGCCCCGCUAUCCGGCCUCAAAGGAGGGCAUUACUUGGAGAAGAGUCCCUCACCAGUGGAAGUGGAGACACUGGGUCCCUCUGCAGCUACUUUUGACUCACAAACUUUCCCCUAUGUAGAAGAACCUUCAGAUGAUGAGCUCUCUGACUACCAGCCCAACCGCUCACCAGGUACUGAGGGCAGUAUCAGUCCAGUCAAGAUCACCUUGACUGAGACAACUCCGCUGUCAGUAUCUCCUGUGACCUUCCAGCGUGCCUCUCCAGUCGGUGUUUCUGAGAAGGAAAGCAUCCUGAGCCUUGGGCUGCAGGGUGUGCCGACUGUCACACUGUCUGAGCCAGAGGAUGAGAGUCCCGGAUCUUCCACUCCACCACUCACAGAGGAGUCUGACUCUCCAUCCGAUCCCUUGGUCCAUGCCAUUGAAGUGAAAAACCAGGAGAAAACUCCAGAAACAUCCUCAAUGGUCUCUCAGACUGCACCCAAAUCUCAGAGUCCUUCCAUGGAGAUAAAAAGCACCCCUACUCUUCCUCUGUAUGCCAAGGUUACAGAUGCCAGCAGUGGAGACUCAGGUGAUUCAGAGAUUGAGCUUGUAUCUGAGGAACCAAGUCCCCAGGCUCCAAGCUCUGCCUACAUGACCUUCAGCAAGAGCCCUAGCACACCACCACCAGCCCCUGCAACUACACAAGCUCCUGUUUCUGUCUCUGCCCCUGCCUUUAACCCUUCAACCGGCCUUGCUUCUGCCCCUAUCUCUGCAGCGAUGCAGUACAGCAUACUGCGUGAGGAGCGGGAGGCUGAGCUGGACAGUGAGUUGGCCUUGGAGUCAUGUGAAGAAGAGAGUCCUAAGAGAUUUCCCCAAGAAUCUUCCACCAAGGUAAGCAAAGUCAACUCGCAACCGGCCAAACAGCCAUCUCUCUCCGCUCCAGUGAUCGUUGCUCCCACUGUAAACCCCACACCUCCACCUGAAGCACCAGUCUCCGAUGAUGCUCCUAAAGAGAAGCUGGCAAGUGAGGGAGAGGAUGAGAAGACAAAGCCGAGUAGCAAACCUUCCCCCUCCAGUGUAGACCUGCCUGAACUGAAGGUGGAGCAGCCUCCUGAGGAAAGGCAAGCAGAGAGGAAACUUUCCAGCGCUGAACGACACCCUACAACUCCUGCUUUCUUCCAGGGAAUAACUAGAGAGAAGGCGAUGGAGCUGUUGUACUGGCGUGACGUGAAGCAGACCGGCCUGGUGUUUAGCAGUGUAUUGCUGCUACUUUUCUCUCUGACUCAGUUCAGCGUAGUCAGUGUGGUGGCCUACCUCGCCCUGGCCGCUCUCUCUGCCACCAUCAGUUUCAGAGUCUACAAGUCCGUCCUUCAGGCAGUGCAGAAGACCGAUGAGGGACACCCCUUUAAGUCAUAUCUGGAGAAGGAGAUGUCCCUCUCACAUGAUCAGAUGCAGAGGUAUGCUGAGAACACUCAGCACUACAUUAACAACACUCUGAAGGAGCUGCGCAGGCUCUUCCUAGUGCAGGACCUGGUGGACUCACUGAAGUUUGCAGUAGUCAUGUGGUUGCUGACCUAUGUGGGAGCGCUCUUCAAUGGCCUCACCCUCCUUAUUAUGGCCGUGGUGUCCAUGUUCUCCAUGCCUGUGGUGUACGAGAAAUACCAGGCACAGAUUGACCAGUAUUUGGGACUCGUAAGGACUCAAGUAAAUAUGGUGGUGGGGAAGAUCCAGGAGAAGAUUCCAGGGGCAAAGCGAAAGGCUGAGUAAACAGCCCAGAGUCACUGGAGAACACAAAGAGGCCAUGACCAGGCUGUCCCUUAUUAUAGGGAGCAUUUCUCAUUGGUUCAUGGGUUUCCUCUCUCUCUCACACACACACACACACACACACACACACACACACACACACACACAUACACACACACAUACUAAUAAACAUAUACACACACAUUAAUAAACACAUACACACGCCCUUACAUACAUACACUCAUGUACAGAUACACAUGCACAUGUACAAAUUACUGGAGCAUAGUUCUACUUUGUGCACACUGUGGUGUUUAGAGCAGAAAGCCGAGCCGUUCAGAGAAGUCCCACCCCUUGCCCAAUAACCAUAGAGAAAAAAAAGACAAAAGCGGGCCGUCACUCAAGCACUAAGCUCUAGUAAAUUAAAAAAAAAUACAGUGACAUAUAAAACCCAAAAAAAAUCUGUGUUUUCGUGUUGCUUAUUAAGUGCAUGAAGUCAAGAGUCUGAAGUGCUGAUGCGUUUCUUCUUUUCUUCUGGUUUCUUGUGCUCUAGGCUUUCUCAGCUGUGCUGAAGACGUUUCUCUGUAGUGUGUGAACGAUGUCUUCAGAUUUAGUGCUCUCUUGUGAUAGUCUCUUCUUCUUCUUCUUCUUCUUCUUCUUCUUUGGGGAAAAAAAUCCAAAAGCAGCUUUUUUUGUCUGUGGCACUGGGUGGGUCUUCUCUUAUCUCACUAUAUCUGGAAACAUAUACACUUAAAUAUUACUAUCAGCUAGACGCGUGGACAUGCCAAGGUUUCCCUUCAUUGUGUGGCAAAACAGCCGAUAUUUAGCAGUGUUCUGAUUAGCUGUGGUAAACUAACUUGUAGUGUUUUUUUUAAUAUAUAAUUCGUUACAGGAGCUACAGAGAUUCAUGUUUUUAGGUACUGUUGUCAACUUUCUUUUAAGUAAAAUGCAAUUGAACAAACGAGACGGAGGAGGAGGAAGCUUAAAGCAAGAGAAUUCCAGCUUGGUGAUUGUGUCCAUCUUUGUACUAUGUUGACUGUACUUCUGUUCUUCUUAGCCAUGGACUCUUAACUAUUUGCACUUAAAAUGUACUCACUGCUGAAUGCGAAAAUAAAUGUUCUUAAAUGUAUACUGUCCAAAA